GGCUGGGGUACUAGGUGAGCUAAUGAUACCGAGGGCGGUCAUAUGCGGGGAACACAGUGAGUUAUAUUUAUGUGUAUAUCGACCGACUGAGAAAAUUGCGUCGUGCGUCGUGCGAGCCUCAGCGCUAGCGCUCAGAUGCAGUGAGGCAGUGAUAACCAGCCUGUGGAUACUAGCAUUUGCCCAUAUGCAUAAUAUUUUGGAUGAUAUGACUGCUGUGUAUAAACGGUGCUCAUCCUUCGCGGCCACGUCUAUGAUAACAAGACCAGGGAAAAUCACACGUCCAACAACUUGAAGAGAAAGGCCAAGAUGACUCCCCUCGAACAACCGCCGGAGGUGCAACGGGAGCUCCGGCGAUGAAAGCGAUACCAUCGAUUAUCCCCCACGAAAACGCUUCAGACGCAGGUCUGAACAUCCACAAGCUCUCAAUCUACAGUUCUUUGUCGCCAUCUCAGGAAUCUGCUGCAAGCUUGAGCGAUGAUGAACUGCCACACGUACCUCGCAGGUCACUGCAACUUCAAGGGAAGUCUGUGCGCAUUCGUGCAAAAACGUACUCAAAUCGAGUAAUAAUUCAUGCGGGAGGUUUUCUAAUGUUAUUGAAAAGUCUGGUUGAGGCAGCAGGGAAAUUUGUACAGAAGCAGAAAUAUGACCCACUGUCGCGACAUGCUCAGUCUGCCAAGCACAUCGGGAGAGUAUUAAUAGCAGUACGGGAGGUCGUAACGAGGCUAUUGGUACAAGGCACAAAGGAAAUUUGGGAAGCAUCAGCAGUUCUAUCAGAUUCGUUGCGCAUGAACGGACUCCAGGUAAUAGAGAUGCACCUUGUAGACGAUGCAGAGAAUACCGUCCACGUCUUAAUCGUGGUUGAAUGUGCAUGCAUGCAGAAGGCAAAGGUGGAAUAUGCAACCUGGCGCUCUUGUGGUAUAUGGUCGGGGAGAGGGGGGUCCUGGCAAUGGAUAGUAAUGAGGAAGGGUCGUCCUAGAAUAGUUAAAGGCAAGGGCUCGGUGUACGGUCGGUGA